AUGGGUCAAGCUGGUAAUGUUUUUUUGGUUUUUUUUUUUUUUUUAGUAUGCCUUUUUAGUAUACUUCGUAUAGCAAGUGCCGGAGACCCUGACAUUCUAACUGAUUUUGAGGCCCCAAACAACACAAUCGAUGCCAAUUACUUCACGUUUAAGGGAAUGCGUCAGCUGGUUGGUGGCGAGUAUCCAACAAAUUUUACGGCAUUGAAAGUGAGCAUGAAUGAGUUUCCAGCGCUUGCGGGUUUAAGUGUGUCAUAUGCGGUACUCGAGUUCCCUGCAGGGUCGGUCAAUCCGGUCCACAUCCAUCCUAGGGCGACAGAGCUUAUAUUUCUCGUUCAAGGAAGUCUCCAAGUAGGGUUUGUGGAUACUACUAAUACGCUAUAUAAACAAUGUCUUCAAGUAGGAGAUACAUUUGUGUUUCCUAAAGGACUUGUACACUUCCAGUAUAACAAUGAUACUAAGGAACCAGCGUUGGCAAUUUCCGCUUUUGGAAGUGCCAACGCUGGUACCCAGGCUAUUCCUACUAGUGUUUUUAAUGCUAGUAUCUUUGAGGGUAUUUUGGAUGCAUCUUUUCAUGCUAAAAGGGCGACUAUACAAAAGAUUGAAGCCGGGCUUAAGGCGUAA